GAGCGCUACUCAGGAGGUGUCUCAAGGAAUAUGGCGGCGCCCAAGAAUAACGAGACGUGUGAGAUGAAGAGUGGCGAUGAAAUAGAUCUGACGCGGGAAAUUCGAGAUCCAUUUGCUAUUUUUGAAGAAGAGGCUGUGCGAGUGCCCGUUCCAGAAGCUCAGCCGCUCGGGAGCCUUGAGGAGUUCGAGGAAAAAUUCCUUUCCGGUGCAAGCGUUUCCACGAAGGCUUCGGCACGCGAUGUUCAAUCGGAACAGACCGGGUCGGCCACGUUUGACGUGGAAGCCACGUUGCAAAGCCGGCCUCGAAGAAAAAUACGGAAUGUUCUCACUAAAAUGCAAGACGAAGCGCAGAAUAUGGGACCGAUGAGCAUCCUAUACCGCGCCGUCCGAGAUUCUAGGAGAGUCAAGGUCUGGACCCGUAGCCAUACCCGUGUUCGCGGCGUGCUCACGGCUUACGUGCUCGCUUACGACCGCCAUCUAAACCUCGCCCUGUCGGAUGUCGACGAAGUGGCCAUGCUUCCACGGAGAAUAAAGACGCCUAUUUACAAGAUUGUCCAAGCUACGCCAAAAGGUGAUCUACCAGGAGGAACGAGAGGACCGGAACAGAAGACAACGACAAGCUCCGAACCGCAGGGAACCGAAAGUGGCCCUCAUACACCACCAGGAACCCCGCCCGAAAGUUCGGACGACGAGGACAACGUCCGUCCAAGGAGGAGGGAAUCACCUGGGCGCCGGACUAGCCACACCGAAAGGCAUCAAGAACGUGAUCCUGGCUGCAGGACGAGACCGCGGUCUACAAGACGUCAAUCUCGUACAACGUGCAGUACAGACUCGCCUGAAGCGGAUAUAAAGCCUUCCUCAGUUUCUGGAAGAGCUGAGGACCCGUCUUCUCCUCACCCAACAAGACGUCACGGAAAAGAACGCGUUGGGACGCAAUGCUCAAAGGACCAGUUGGCUUCUGUAAAUGCUACUGGUCAGAAAAUACCCGCUGAACAUGUGGAACCUGACGGACGGAAGGCGAAUGUUUACAGUGAGCAAUUGCGCGUUCAUGAAUCGGGUUCCGAAAAGGCUUCCUACACACCACCUGGAACACCUCCCAGUAGGAAGGGCAUCGUACUGAGGCAUACUUCUCAAGCUCCUGAUGAAUCUGUACGAUGUACACAGCCAGGUAGUUGGUCUCCUGCGCUCCCGGAACAACAAGAACUAGAAACUAAGGAACCAUUAACAACCGAUGGCGACCAAAGAAUCGAAGAAGCUCUGCAACAUCUUCGUCUGCACGGCGCACCUAGCGGAGAUACGACUCGAAAGAAGUUAACGGCAGAUGACGUCAAGAUACCCGUUCAAGUACGGCACAGGAAGAAAGAAAAAAGUGAGGAUUUGGUGCCGUGGCAGAGGCACGUCAACCAGUUGUUUCUUCGAGGGAAUAACGUUGUGUCCGUCGCUCUGCUCCCUGUUUGACUCGCAAAGUGAUUUUCUUGCAUCUUUGUACAUUCGUCGCUAUUCCACUUGUCCAGUGUUGGAGGUUACCGAGGUUGCGAAAUGUGCCUGGUGAGUUUCCUCGAUCGAUAUAAUAAAGCGCUCUCGAUGCCUCGAAGGACAA